UUAUUAAUAUAAAACAUGAAUUGGGAGUAUUUUGAAGAUGUUGCCCAUAUACAUAAAGACCUCAUAAUGGCAAACUGGCCAGCUAUAGGUUCCGUAAUCCUGCCCAAUGUAGGCGGUUGGGUGAACGGCCUCUACUUUGCGGGCCAGAUCAAACGAGACAACAACGAGAAGACCUGGUACGAUGAGCUGAACAAGUCACCUUGCACCCCCCCUAAGUGGGUGUUCGGGCCGGCCUGGACCGUGCUUUACAGCGGCAUGGGAUACGCGUCGUAUCUGGUGUGGGAAGAGUGCGAUGGUUUCACACAGCGCGCCGUCCUUCCAAUGACGUUGUACGGCAGCCAGCUACUGCUCAACUGGGCGUGGACGCCCAUCUUCUUCGGUCUAAAGGAUUUCAAACUGGCUUUGAUAGAAAUCGGCGUUCUCACCGGAGUGGCGACAAUCACCACAAUUUCAUUCGCCAGCGUGAACAAGACGGCUGCAGUUAUAAUGCUGCCGUAUCUGGCUUGGCUGGGAUACGCCACUCAUUUGACUUAUUACGCCUGGAAGAACAACCCGCAACCCGCGAAAAUCACAGAGAUCAAGGACGAGAAGGAAAAGUAA